AUGGAACAGAAGCCAGAAGAAUCACAGGCUCAAAACUUAAUCAAGAAAGGCAAAGGAUCCCAGCAGAACAAGCGUAACUCUUCCCAGGCGAAACGCAAAGGCAUUAUCAGGUGGCAUGGAGCCGUCUCAACCAACCUAAUGAACCAAAAUGUUCUCGUCCCCAAUGCGGAACUAUCCAGUGACAGCGAUUCAGGAUCCUUCAUGACCUCAGAACACAAAAAGAAAAGUCUGGGGCAGAAGAUGAAGGUUUUCUUGGGUAAAGUGAUAACCACCAAAAUAAAAGAAGCCAAGCCUGCAGUCCUCUUCCAUGCAAUUCUCCAACUGGAUGUUAAUGUUGUAGAGGCAGAGACGGAGCGGAUCACCGCGGACAAAAUCGUAGUGCGCUCCAAGAAAACCACAAGGCGCGUGUCUGUCACCUCGCUGCCCGCAGGCCUACAGAAGGGUUCUUAUUCACCCAAGAAAAAGCACUUUGCUCUGGUGAAAAGGAAGAAGAAAGCAGUGGAGAAGGUGAAGCAUCAGUCAGACUGCACCAUUGGCAGUUUGCAGAUGCAGGUUGAUGAUCUAAUCGAAACAAUCGCAGACAAAUCCAGCAAACUGCUGGCGCAGAGACACGAGGAGCUUCGCAAAUGCGAGUCUCUGGGAGAUGAAAUACUUGAAUGUUCAAAGCAGUUCCAGAGAGUCUCCAAGAAGAACACAAGAAAGUACAAGUUUCAGAACGUUUGCUUCCCCUGCAUCUGCUGCUGCUACUAG